AGAAAAAAGAAAAAGGAAAGUAAGGGAAAGGAGAGGUUUCUGGUUGAGUAAAAGACAAUGAGAUUCUCGAGUGAGAUGCUUUCAUUUACUUACUUGAACAACACUUCUCUUUACCAUCAUCCAUCCUAGAAUUUUUAUUUGGUUUUCGUCAAAGAAAGGUUGUCCCAGAGACCCAAUCCAGGGACAGGGAAAGCGGGUUGUUUUUAUCUUCUCAACUCUGUGUUAUUCUCUCUCUUUUUUUCUUUUCUUUUUUUUUCCCCCUGCUCUGAACCAUAACCAUGGCGUUGUGAUCUAAGGAAGCUGCUUUUCUUGAGCUCCAAUGUCUGCCUCUUCUUAGUCAAUAGUUCGUGACAUGUUAACAAGUCUGCAGACUUUAUGAUAUUAAUGACUCUUUAGUUACAAUCAUCGUGGCCUUGGACAAAGGCUUUAGUUUUUAGUCAUAUGCAAAGUUUUGAAGACGGGCAUUGACUGAAAUCUGGUUCCUCUUUCACGGCAACAUGAAAUUUGGACUCAAGAAAGGUUGGAAAUGCAUUGGCCCUCUUCGAUUGAGGGGUAAAUCUGCCACUAGAUUUUGUCUGUUUUCCAAAGCAAAGUCAGCUAGUUAUGGUCCAGGAAGAAUACCAGUUUAUCUGAACGUGUAUGACUUAACACCCAUGAAUGGAUAUGUCUACUGGGCAGGCCUCGGUAUUUUUCACUCCGGCGUGGAAGUUCAUGGUGUAGAAUAUGCGUUUGGAGCACAUGACUACCCUACGAGCGGCGUCUUUGAGGUUGAACCUCGGCAAUGCCCAGGCUUUAAGUUCAGGAAGUCGAUAUUUAUUGGGACGACAUGCUUGGACCCUAUUCAGGUUAGGGAGUUCAUGGAGCGCCAGUCCACAAGGUACAAUGGUGAUACAUAUCACCUGAUCGUCAAGAAUUGUAACCAUUUUUGCAAGGACCUCUGUUACAAGCUAACUGGAAAAUCUAUUCCAAAAUGGGUAAACAGACUGGCUAAAAUAGGUUCAUUAUGCAACUGUAUACUUCCUGAGGCCCUGAAGAUUUCGGCAGUACAACACGACCCCAACUGCCAACCAUAUGACAGUGAAAAAAGGAGCCUGAGAAGUGCAUUCAGUUGCCUGUCGUCGAUCUCGAUGCGGCAGAAGCAGUUAUCAACCUCUUCAUUAUUUCUACAGUCACCCUUGAAGGGUUGCUUGCCUCCAUGGGAAUCGAGAAAGUCGAGCAAUGGCUCCUUGAAGGAAAGGUAAAAAGGCAAACAGAAAGUUUGUGUCAUUCCAGUCCAUGGAUGUUUCUUUUUUUCUGUGACCGGACUCCGUAGAGCCAGUCUAAAGAGGGAAAACUUGUAGAGUACCUUGAUCUGACACCAACACUAGAAGGCUGCCUAUCAUUACAAUUGUUGUUCUCCCAGGUUUCUGGGAAUGAGGACUGAGAUGUGUCAUUGUUUAGCUUCUAGUCGUCUACUGUCAAAAUCUGUAAGAAAAUGCUCAUGGUUUCUUCUCUCGCCUCUUCCUCUCUCCUGUUUCUUUCCCUCUACUAUUUGUUGGGCAUGCUAAGCCCAAGUUGUAUACGGGUACGGCAUAGGUUUUUGCCAUUUCGGAGUGUAAAUCUUGUUGUUAGCCUUCUUCUCUAUAGUUAGAAUCUUGUUAUCAGCCUAAAACAUAUUGGGCCCGUUUAGUUCGUUGAUUCGAAUUUUUAAUUCGAGUUGAGAUAUGAUUUUA